GCUCGGCGGCGUUCGGUGCUGAAGUGGGGCGGAUGGCAGAAAAUCAGCGGCGAUGGACAUUACACCACAGGAUUCCCGUUUACGAUGUCGUUAAAUAAGCAUCGGGACAUCGCGUUUUCACACCUGUCACCCUAGGACACUGACAACCCGACACAAAGGGGAUGCUGUACUGUCACUGCUCCCCGUACUCUCAAGUCCAUAAAUGACUCAUUCGCUGAGAUCCAAGGAAGCCUAGGAGGCGACGGCGAGAGAAGCAAAAGGAGCAAGUGAAACUAGACUAGGAAAUAAGGAGAGGAAGUCGUUAGGUUUCACCUCAGCUUUCGUGUCCCUUUCUGUGCCAGUCAGUCAGGGAUGGUGAAACCAGUAACCUCUCUUCCCUGUGGUGAAAAGAACCUCCUCGCCUUGCCCUGCGUCUCCAGCAAGCCAAACAGCCAGUCCGUUAGCCAAACAGACGCUCAGACAGUCCACCAGUCAGUCACUCCGUCAACCAGCCUGCUAUCGUCCAGCAACCUAUUACCUCACGCCAUGACUGCUCUGUCUGACCUGUUUUUAGGAACUCACUAAUUCAUGCCCCGCAGUGUGAGUGGAGUGGAGAUGAGAAAAAGGCAGGCGGCACACAUCGAGGCCCCACCCCAGGCCCCUGGACAGCCCCGACCCAACACCUGCUGCCUCUGCUGGUGCGGCUGCUGCAAGUGUCUCUGGAAUGAAGACAGGAUGGAGAGGAGUGAACGACAGACCUGCACCAAGAUGGACAGUAUUGAAGCUGCAGAAGAACAACACCCCAGCCUAGAUGAGGUGCUGUCGUGGUCUCGGAGCUUUGAGAUGAUGCUGCGCUCGUUGGAGGGCCGGGAGAUCUUCCGUGAGUUCCUGCGCUCAGAGUACAGCGAGGACAACCUGCUUUUCUGGUUGGCCUGUGAAGAGCUGAAAAAAGAGACCAAUCCCUCAGUGGUGGAUGAGAAGGCCAGGAUCAUAUACGAAGACUACGUGUCCAUAUUAUCACCCAAAGAGGUGAGUCUGGACUCGCGGGUCAGAGAAGGAAUCAACCAGAGCCUGGCGGAGCCCAGCAGCCUGAUGUACGAGGAGGCCCAGCUCCAGAUCUACACCCUGAUGCACCGUGACUCCUUCCCCCGUUUCCUCAACUCCACCGUUUACAGAGACCUCCUGGCCAACAGGAGACGCACCUGCCUCGACACCUAGACCCCUCCGCCCUCCCUCGUCGCCAUCCUACGCCAACAAGACUACUACUUAAACUUCAAAUACUACUAUGGUGCCAGAAGUCGGGUUUGGAAAAAUCUCUCCCUCUUUCUUGAUUGAAAAGACUGAAUGACAUCCGAGAUCGCUGGUUGUGUUUUUUUAUUUAUAUUUUUUAAGCAAUUUAUAUCCAGUUCUCCACUGGAGCCAGGUCGGCCUUUGCUGGUUGGUUAUUGGUCAAUUUAAGGCCAUUAAUGCUGGCCAGUGAUUGUUUUCGCUAGCAAUUUGUGCUAUUCAUUUCGGUUGACUGGCCGACCCACGUGUCAGCUAUCGGUUGAAACGGCCAAACUGAUGGCCAGCUGUUGGUUAACUGUGGACAAGGACUCCUCAGGCGGUGGGGACAGAAGAGAGAGAGAGACAAAAAGGACAAGCCAACUGUUCCUGUACUGUAAUAUUUAGACCUCAUGCUUUCUACCCUCACUUUAAUAUUCUCUCUUUCAUAUGUUUUUGUUUUUCUAAUUUCGCCCCAUUCCUCAGACGUGAUGUUUGAUUUUAUUUCUUGUUUUACUUUUUCAUAUCUUUACUGUUCAAACAUGACACCUAGUUGAUGGUGGGAGUUUUGGGGCGUCUCCGCCCAUUUAACCAGUAGAAGCACUGGCUCUGCAUGUAACUCUCUCUCUCUACAGUAGCUUGACAAUGUAAGCCGCGGACUGCAACCGUUUUUGAAAAUUGAGAUGUAUUAAGGCAGGGGACCUGUCUUUCUGUCUGGCUGUCUAUGUUCAGUGAAGGGAAAAAGUACACUUCUGCCAAUUUUAAGCAUAACGCAGUUGUUUUAUUGAGGAGAUUUGAUGCUUCUGCAACAAAAGGCGGCAGCAGCAGCAAGCACCUGCCCUUCCAUCCAUCUACCUGUCCAUCCAUCCGUCCGUCCAAGCACUUUCCUUCUUUAGGAUUCUUUAACCGGGAGAAGUAAGGGCUAGAAUUGUGGUUGGGCAGCUACAUGUAUAAUUAUUACUCAUGAACUUUAAACACAAAAAAAAUCUCUCCACUGAGAAAAUCACAAUGCCUUUUACAUGUAAGGAAAGGCAGCACAAGCGCUGCUGGAGUUUUUCUGGAAAGCAACCACAGUUUGUCCAACGAUCCCUACCUCCCAUCUUUUCCCUCCCCUUCCUCCUCCUCCUCCUCCUCCUCCUUCUCCUCUUCCCUCCCACUCAGACCAUCACAGCCUGACAAGCACAGGUGCCCAAUGUGGGGGAAAAAAACACUGCUGGAAAAAAAUAAAAAAGAAACCCACACUGACUCCAAAUAGUCAUCUACAUUUUGAAAUUCCUGAGCAGAAAAAGAAGGUUUACCUUUUAGUGUUUUAAACUGAAUGAGCGUUAGCUUAAAUCAUCAAUUGAAAUCUGCUGGGAGAAUAUAACAAGAUGCAGCAGACACUGAUGUAAUUGCAAAGGUUAUUGAGCCCUGGGCUUUGUCUUUAAGGCUUUAGCUUUAGACGCCAUAGGUAACGUGACAGUCGCUUGAGUUGGACGUUCAAUAUCACGCCGCAGAUAAGUGAACCGGGUGCCAAACAUGAUGUCAAAGAUGCUGUGAAGAGAUAUUAGAUGUGACUUGUCACCAGGCCGUAGAAUCUCUGUGCAUGUCUGUUUUGCCAGCAGAUGAAGCGGGGAGAGGUUAUGGUAGUCCUUCAGUUAGCUACUGCCUGUUCAAAGACACUCAUUUUUUACCAGAGCUAGUGAGGAGGGUUGGUAUAAUAAUGCUAACAUGCUACCGCACCGGGCUAGCGGAGAUGUUUACGUAGUCAUGCUACAUGCUGUCCUUUUUAACGAUGCUAACUAGGUUUCAGCAUGCUGUAGGCAAGCAAGUUAGCAUGCUUGUGCUAGCCAUGCUAAUCCUCCAUCUCACUGCCAGCCCUCACACACUCUGGUUUGUUUUUCUAAUCUGACUUUGACAGCAUGCAAUGAUAAUGUGUGUGUAUGGUACAGUUACACACUUAACAGAAAAAUUUAGAAAAAAAAACAACUUUAAUGGGGUCUUGCCAAAUGUCCCACUAACAUUUUUAGUAUAUUAAAAGGACAUUUUGUUUUAUGAUGUGAACAUUUGAACAUGAACUCUGUUCCUGGCCUGUGGAUGUGCAGUAGAAAGUGCAUGAGUGCAGUAUAUGCUUUUUUUUUUUUUUUUCUUAAAUUAACUGGGCCUCCAGGUAUAUUCAUCAUGUCACAUGAUGGAUAGAUGACCUCUUGGUUUGGUGGUUAGUCCAGUCUUAAAGUGUCAAUGAAACAGUGCCACUCCUCACUGAUAAAUGUAGGCAUCCACGUUGCCACCUCCUCUAACUACCUGAAGUUCACGUGCCAAGUUUGGUCGAGUUUAAAUUUACAAGUAGGCGGCACAGCAUGCCCAGCAGACUCAGAAGUGCAAUUGGAUGUAGUUAGUGAUAAUAGAUUGGAGUCUAUUUGAAGCUGUGCCCAACUAUGUUAGAUUGGUUUUGGAUUGUCAGGUGAUUUUAUAAAUUACUAAACUCGCCACCUUACAGGAUACUCAAAAUGUUUUAAUGCCACUCUUGCAUUAUUCAAUUGUUAGCAUUUGCAAGUUUUACUGGAGGAACUAAAUAAGGAAACAGACAAUUUGAUUUAUCUUAAACAAAAAAAAACAACAAAAAAAAACAGGAAAUGCAAAUCCAAGGAAUUAUGGGAUUUUGAGUUUUCCUCUAGAGUCAGUUUCACUUGCAUUGAAAAAAAUGCUAACUGGAUGAAGCUGCCUGUUCAAAACAAAGCUAUAACUUAACUGCAAAAACUUUCUAUCUUGAAGUAAUGGUUAUAAAUCAGUAAAAUCGAAUAGAAGACCUCUUUAAACCAAUAAUCAUCCAACAGUUGUGCAAUGUUAUUAAAUAUAUACAAUAUUUAACCUUUGGCAAUACAGUACUCACAUGCAGACUACAUUAAUCUCCAUAAGGGCUUGAUUGAUAUUGCUUAGCUGCUUUAAUGAAGAGCUGUGCAUGCAUGCGCCCAGUCGAUCAGAAGCAGAGGAAAACAGCGUAAUUAACAAACUCUGAUACUGAAGGAUCAAUUAACACACUUACUCCUUGAAACAGGUUUUGUUUUCAGGAAACAUUUUAGAGCAUUUUAGAUGUAGGACAAGUUUUUUUGACUCAGUAGAAAAAUGCCUGUCACUCAUAAAGCUCUCUUGCAGACAAAUCCCUCCUCUGCACAAUACAGCUAUGUUUCCUUGUUGCUGAGUCUAUACAGUAAUUAACACAAGAAUGUUUCACCAAGAACCAGAUAAUGAAAUCAUGGUGCAAUUAAACCAAGUUUACAUUUAUAAAUUGUGAAAUGUGUGUACCUUAUUAAAUACUCAUAACAGUGGGGAGCUAACUGUCCCCAGUGUGAGCAGAGAAGCCAGCAGGUUUAAGGCUGGCGAGAGUCUCUGCGCAGUGCUGACGGACAGUCAUGAGUCAAAAAAAAAAAACUGGGAGUGUUUUACAACGAGGACAGACGCAGCAGAGACUCAGGUUUUCUGCUUACGUCCUUUUCCUCUUAAUUUAUUGUGACUUUUACACA